UCGCUGAGGCAGUUAAGUGGUUUUUAUUUUGGGGGUUGGGGAAAGUUUAAAACAAAACCGAGGCUUUCUGUCAGCAUGUUCAGCUGGCUGGGGACGCACGACCGCGGCAAAAAGGACCCGGAGGUCUUUCAGACGGUGACGGACGGCCUGAAGAAGCUCUACAAAACCAAGCUGCUUCCCCUGGAGGAACAUUACCGCUUCCACGAGUUCCACUCGCCCUCCCUGGACAAUGCGGAUUUCGACAACAAGCCCAUGCUGCUGCUGGUCGGUCAGUACUCCACCGGCAAGACCACCUUCAUCAGGUACCUUCUUGAACAAGAUUUCCCAGGAAUGAGGAUUGGACCUGAGCCAACUACUGAUUGCUUCAUUGCUGUAAUGAAUGGGGAUGUAGAAGGAGUGGUUCCUGGAAAUGCUCUGGUGGUGGAUCCAAAAAAGCCAUUCCGGAAACUUAAUGCUUUUGGCAAUGCCUUUUUGAACAGAUUUAUGUGUGCCCAGUUACCAAACCCAGUGCUUGAAAGCAUUAGCAUCAUUGACACUCCUGGCAUCCUAUCUGGAGAAAAGCAGCGUAUCAGCCGAGGUUAUGACUUUGCUGCAGUGUUGGAAUGGUUUGCUGAGCGUGUUGAUAGAAUCAUCCUUCUGUUUGACGCUCACAAGCUAGAUAUUUCUGAUGAGUUCUCUGAAGUUAUCAAAGCACUGAAGAAUCAUGAGGACAAGAUCCGUGUAGUGCUGAACAAGGCGGACCAGAUUGAGACCCAACAGCUAAUGAGAGUUUAUGGUGCUCUUAUGUGGUCUUUAGGCAAAAUUGUCAAUACUCCUGAAGUGAUAAGGGUUUACAUUGGCUCGUUCUGGUCUCACCCCCUGCUGAUUCCAGACAAUCGCAAGCUCUUUGAGGCUGAGGAACAAGAUUUGUUCAAAGAUAUCCAGAGCCUCCCUCGCAAUGCUGCUUUACGAAAACUCAAUGAUCUGAUCAAGAGGGCACGUCUUGCAAAGGUUCAUGCCUACAUCAUCAGUGCCUUACGAAAAGAGAUGCCAUCUGUGUUUGGCAAGGACAGCAAGAAAAAAGAACUAAUUAACAGCCUUGGAGAUAUUUAUGCCAGGAUUGAACGAGAGCAUCAAAUCUCCCCUGGGGAUUUUCCUAACAUUAAGAAAAUGCAGGACCUACUGCAGGCACAGGAUUUUGCCAAGUUUCAGCCACUGAAGCUUAAACUUUUGGAGACAGUCGAUGACAUGUUGGGAAAUGACAUUGCUCAGCUCAUGAUCUUAGUACGUCAGGAAGAAACGCAGCGGCCUACCCAAACUGUGAAAGGUGGGGCCUUUGAAGGCACGAUAAAUGGCCCAUUUGGACAUGGAUACGGUGAAGGAGCUGGUGAGGGCAUUGAUGACCUGGAAUGGGUUGUGAUCAGAGAUAAACCAAGCUAUGAUGAGAUCUUCUACACCCUCUCUCCUGUCAAUGGGAAAGUCACAGGGGCAAAUGCAAAGAAGGAGAUGGUAAAGUCCAAGCUUCCAAACACUGUGCUGGGGAAAAUUUGGAAGCUGGCAGACAUAGAUAAGGAUGGAAUGUUGGAUGAUGAGGAGUUUGCAUUGGCUAAUCACUUAAUUAAGGUCAAACUAGAAGGCCACGAACUACCCAGUGAAAUUCCACAGCAUUUGAUUCCACCAUCAAAGAGAAAGCUGGCUGAGUGAUUGGCGUAAUGAUUGUCAUCCUCAGGGAGAUAGGAGGAUAAAGGCUAGGAAGUGGACAGUUUUAAAGUCUUGAUAUUGAAGUUAGGCAGGCAGACAAAAUGAUGGAAGAAAUGCAAAUUUUAAUUGAAAUAUGUAUUCCAAAAAAGUUAUCACGAAAAUAUGAUCGGAGAAAGUAUUUGUUUUUUUAAAUAAGAACAUGUUGUAACCUGAGGCUACUGUAUACCAUUGCAUUCCUGGGUGUUUUUCUAUCACUAAAUUUUUUCAGAAGCAAGAAAUCUGAGUUUUAAAAGUAAUGUAUUGUCUAAUUUAUCAUUAUCUUAAAGACAAGUUAACCCAUCAUUUUGUUCACUUCUACAUUUAAAAUAUCUCAAAAUAAAACUAAGAUGUCACCUUGAGUACAUGGGGUCUUACAGAACUUCAAGUUGUCUAUUCUUAUCAGGAAGCUUGAAUUUGAUUUUUUUCCAAAUUUAGCACAGUUUUGAAUAACUAGCGUUUAGCUCUUCUUCAAAAAUCCAGACUAGUUUGUUUUCCCCUUUAAGAAUAGAUGUUUCUCUAAAUGCAGUUUGCUUUGUUGCCUUCCAAUUUUUUUUUUGCAGCUUCUGAAUCAUGGUUUGGUGUUUUAUUUGUUCAAUGAUCUUUUGGGUGGGUGGAUAUUGUAAAUAUUCAAAGAACCGCUCCAGUGUCAAACCAAGUGUUGGUAUGUAUGAAAGUAUUUGCAGGACUUUCUGUAUACUGAAAGUUUUGGUGACUUUAUCUUGUCCUGUGGGAAUGCUUCUAUUUUGCUGAGUCAUUUUAAUUUGUAACUUUGCUGUGACUUGUCUGUAACUGUAGAUUAGUUUUGUGGCUUGUAUGGUAAUUGUAUAAAGUAAGAUUGGCAAAGAAAAACUGAACCAAUGUUGUAACUUAUCUCUAGUGUAUGAAGAACUCUGAAUUGUAUAGUGGUAUAUUUAAGUAUUUUCUGUAUACCUGUAUUUACUGUGCACAAUUAUAUACUGCAGCAAAGCAUGCAAGAUAACAAUGCAUUCUCCAGUUAAAGCACACUCAUGAGUGUGCUCUAACUUGGUACACUGAACCUUUUCUAAGAGUGUACAUGUACCUUUUUCCAUGUCACCUAUCCUUUCUGCUUUGUGAAGUUUUAGAAAUUUUGUCAUUAUACAUUCACUUUGUACUGAGCAAUGUCUUUUUUUUAAAAAAAAUCAUUUCCAUUUGUGGUUAUAUUGAAAACUACAGCACUGUUUCCAACUACUGCUUGCAUGGUAUUGUGACUUUUUUUGAGAUUAAAUUUCAGGGGUUUUUUCCCAAGUAGUGUCAAAAAUUGUUCUAAUGAACCAGUGCAGUGAGACAUUGAAAGUAUUCAGUAAAUCUUAGAUCAGUACACUUUUUAUGUGAGCUUCACCUGAGUGGGUAUUAAGCUGCCUCAUUUUCAGUUGCUAAUCUUGCUGAUGUUCUAUCCAAAUGCUGAUUUGUGACACAAUUUUUCGUACAAAAAAAGUAACUUCUUAGCAGUUAGUCGGUGUGGUUACUAAAAGUUGAGCCAGUCUACAACCUGUAAGAAUAUACUGUCUAUAUUUGUUUUACAGUUCUUUGGUCAAGAAUUGUCUGAAGGGAAUGUUUCCAAAUAAAGCACCAAACGUUGAGCUGAAUGAAAAAAUUGUUUGAUCCCCACCUUCUACUCCCCCCACCCCACAACCUAAUUUACAGUGCAAUUGAGGGGAAAAAAUGCACACCUCUCAUUUGAAAGGAGAAUGCUUGAGGAAAGCAAACGAGGAGUUUUGUAUGUUAUCAUUGGGUGUUGUGAAUUCCCUGCUGACAAGAUUAUAUUAAUGUGAAUAGCAGACUUUGACUUUUGGAUAUUCAAUAUUGGAAUUGGGAUUUGUGGGAACAUUAACCUCUUGCAUCACUUUGAACCAUUUUGUUUUCAAAUUUCAAUUACAGAAUCCAUUUUUCAAUCUGACUACAGAUUAUCAAUGAUUUAAGGUUCCCAUUGGAAUUCCAGAGGUGGAGAAUUUGUUUUGGAUGUUUAGUUGGCAGAGGGAAGAACCAGAAAUUUGAACAAUCAGUGCACUGCACAUGGAGCUUUUGAAGUAAAUCCUAAGGGAACUUAUUUUGUAGUAGGAUGGACAGGGUCAAAAGAAAUUAGGUUGUUUUUGCAGGACCACUAAUUUGAAUAUCUGAGUAUGUGAACAGUAUUUUUUGUAAUGAGUCUGUAGAAAAUGCAGGCUAAUUAAAAGAUUAUCUUUAUCUAUUUCCAUGAUUUGUGCUAUUAAUGUUUAAGUGAUAGCUGGGUUAGCCAAACACUCUAGUGGAGAUCUGCGCAACCCACAUGCGAGGAAAGGGUCACCAAAAAUGCCUCCUUUUUAUAUAUUGCACAGUUGGGUUUCUUCUCUUGAUGUUUGAAGACUGCCACCAGGUGCUCUUGAUCUCCUGAGUAAGUUGUCUGAAUAGCUACUAACGCAAUUCUUCAGCACUGUAUUAAAGUACUCCAGCACUUACUUGGGUGACACUGAUUUUAAGCUCUUUAGGGAGCCAACGGUGCAGAUUGUAACAUGACUUGAGGACAGCUCAGUGUCUGAAUCAGGACGUACACUCAGGACCCUUUUAUUGUUCGCCCAGCAAUGUAUGAUAUAAGCACUUUCCAGUCAAACAGUUUUUCAUACAUGCAUGUGAUCCAAAUAAUUAAUGUGACCUUUUGGUAAGAAUGUAAGAGAACUUCAGAAUCCUGUACAUAACCAGUUCACUUAGUCACACACUCCUGCUUCCUCUAAAGGAAUCCAUGCCGCUUAGUCAUAUUUGUAAGUCAUGCAAAUUUAAGUGCUAAGAUUUCCUUUUGGUUAUUAUGUCAAUAGAAAGUGUUUAAUGUAUUCUCAAAACCCACCACCAAUAUAGACAACAUGGGAUGUUUUCACAAAGACACACGUUUUUUUUCUCUAGUUUUCUUUGCUUUUUGUUCAGCAGUAAAAUGCAAGGAUUGAUGAAUGAUGAUUCAAUCUCUUGACCAUCAGCAAAUGCCUAACACUACUUCCCACAAACUCUCUGGUGUAAACUAAUUAAGCAGUUUCUUGGAGCUGUUGUUACAUGUGGAUCCCUGGUUUUCAUUUUAGUAAAGAUGUAAGAGAACUUUUGUUUUCCAUUCAAGUGUACUGCUAAAGAAAUACCUUUUUUAAAAUGUGAAAUACUCUAGUACAACAGGGUUAAACACUGGACUAGUGAGCUGUCUUUGCUUAAGUUGUUUGAAAAGAGAUUGCUACUGAAUUUGUAUGGAGCAAAAAGCUACUGAUUAUCUUCCAGAUUUUAAGGACCGUCUCUACUGUUGAAUGGGGGAUAUGCUUUCCUCUGUUUGCUGUGGCUUACUUUUGGCUUUUUUGAAUGUAUGCCUGUUGUAGAAUUGUGUCACACCUUCAUGGCUUUUGCUCAUUUUGACUGUUGGUUAUGCUUCCUAGAAACUUUGUUUACUCCCAGCAUUCAGUUCAAUCAGACUGUUCUCCAUCUAUACUUCCUUUUGGGCCCAAAUUUCAAAAGGGGUUGAAUGCUCAGCUACUUUAGGGGUUUUUGUUUAUCCCCCCACAUCUGCUUGAUCCUGUAAGUGAUAUUGGUGGAAAUUAGAUGUCUACACAUGCAUGAUUAUACUAUCCUGAGUGUAUUGUAUUCAAAUUCAUGUGCUGAAUAGACCUAAUGGAUCAAACAUACUAAAUUUCUGUUUUUCUCAUCAAGAAGGUUCCAAUUUACUAACAUAGGCCACAGUAAACUGCCCCCAAUCUAGAGUACUGAUUUUCUCCUAUUUGCACUUUUAAGGGUUUGUUACCUCACUACUGAGUUGGAAGACUAAAGAUCAGCAUCAGUUAUGAUGUUCAGUUGAAUGUCCAAUUUGCACAUUUAUUGAACUUAUUAAAGUCGUGUUCAUUCACUCUCACUCUUCUCUUUCAUGCAUGUUAGUGCAUAAAUUAAAUGUGGCAUCUUGGAUAGCAAGUCACAAAAAUGAGCAGAAGAAAAUGACAGUGCACUGAGUGAUUUAUUUUUUAUAUUGGCACCUCAACAAUGUUGGACUGGGGUGGAGAAGGUCAGAAAUCAGAUGACACCAGGUUACAGUCUAGCAGGUUUACUUGAAAUUUUCAUUUCAACUGAACCUGUUGGACUAUAACAUAGUGUAAUUUCUGAUAUUGCAAUUCUACACAUGCCUUUACAUGUAGUUACUGUAUAUUGAAAAUUCUGUGGCAUUCCUGGGUUUGUUCCAACUGUGCUUCCAAGAAUCUUGACAUUUUUCUUAUUUAUCUUGCCAAUAAUAUGCUAAUGUACAUUUUAUAAAAUAUUGUAUUUAGUGUACAAAUCU